CUUAAAGAGGAGAAGAAACUGCAUCAAGUCUAUCACCCCCCCCCCCCCCCCCCCGCAAGCUGAGCAGGAGUAUUCAUGGUCAGCUUGUCUAGGAGAUGUUGAAUUCGCUGAACAGACAAAGGCUUGGUAAGGAGAUCACUGGGUUGAACUUCUGUGUUCAGAAAAAAAGGAUGUAUGAUCAGGAAAAUGCAUGUGAUGCAAAGCUGAUGAAUGAGGAGAUUGUUCAUGAAAUGUACAUGAUGUGUGACAAAUAUAAUCAUUCAGGUGAUGAAACCCUAUCAACAAGAUUGCGGAAGCAUAAGGAGGAGGAAGAAGAAGAUCAAAAAGAGAGGAGAGAGUUGUUGUUUGAACAAAAUAAUAUUUCAUUCAAAAGUGUGGUUACAAACGGUAACCAAGAGACAUAUACAUAUACAGGUUCAACGGUCUCAUGAUGUGACCUGGACUGGAAUUUAAAACAAGAAAAGAACAGGCCUUGAUAACCUUAAGCCUUUAUAAGAUAGGCCCAAGUAAACAAAGGCAUAACA